AAAAAAAAUAAGUAAACAAAUACAGCUUCCGUGUCGAACCAUGGCCAGUGAGAAAAACCCUGUCUGCGUAAAGAUUAGAUGGGUGUAUGACCGACGAGAGCGUCUGUCACCAGCCAUGGUUCGCUCCGGGAGCUGUACACAAAUUCAUAUUUUUAAUAACACUUUUUUUUAGAAUAAAGAACUUUAAGUGCAAGAUAUGUAACAAAGGGUUCUACCAUGCAAGAGAAGCUUUAGAACACGAAAAUUUGCACACGGGUGCCAAGACUUUCAGUUGCAAACUGUGUGAUCGUAGUUAUUCUUUGUCCAAAAGACUCAAGGACCACAUAAAGGAAAAACACAGCCAAACUAUGACAGAAGUAAAAAUACACAACUGUGUGAUUUGUUUUAAGGUCUACAAAAAUCGCUCCGGACUGCUUGGACACUACUCCUCCAACCACAAAGAACUUGGUUAUGAUUAUUCGGCAGCUUGUGACAUUUGCAAGAAAACUUUCCCCACAAAACACAAACUGAUGUUGCAUGAACGGACUCAUACAGGCGUCAAACCAUACGAAUGUAAGAUUUGUAACAAAAGCUUUACCCAAAAAGAUUCAUUGAAGGCUCAUAACGUAGUUCAUACGGGGGAGAAACCAUAUGUUUGCGAUUAUUGUGACAAAAGGUUUGCUCAUGCUCGUUCUCAUCGAUACCACCUGCAGACGCAUACUGGUGAGAUGUCUUACUUUUGUCCUAACUGUGGAAGAGGGUUGAAAUCAUUGAGAGGUCUGACAAUUCAUAUAAAAACAUGUCGUGCCCUAACAUGUGAAGAUGACAGUGUAGUAAACGUUAACAGUGAACCCUUAGAGUUAGCCGGAAUAUAGUGAUAUUCCCCAUUUUCCUUUCAUGGUUUUCUAAUCUAGGCUGUUUGUAUUUUCUCAUUGUAGCAUGAUAUUUUAUGUCAUUUUGACACUUAAUUUGUGAUCUUCAGGGCUUUGUCAUUUGUAGUUCUGUGGUUUCCAAAGCAUAUUUAUCUAUUUUGUUCUAUAUGUCGUCCUUCUGUGACAAGAUAUGCCAUCUCCAUCAAAAUUUAAUUUUUUUUCAAUUGUUUAUGUCUAUGAAGCCUGGACGCUAACAAUUAGUUUCCAAUAUCGUCUCCAUACACCAGAUUGACAACAGGUGGAAUACUUUCUUUGGUUACACCUCCUGAUAUUUUCAAAAUUUAUAAAUCAUGCAGGAUGCCGAGGAAAUUAAGAUGAGAGAAUUUUAAAUAAUUCACAACUCAUCUGCUCAGCGUGGUAAAAGCUCCAACAAGAAAGAUUCCUUAAUACUCAAACAAAAGAGUAAAUGAAUUAAAAAUGUAUAAACAUUCUCAAUUUCUUUGCAACACGAAAAUGCAGCAGUUGCAUAAUACUAUGGUCAAAUCUGAGAGUGCAGGAAGAGUCUAUACCGGUUUCGGGAGUUGCUUCCCCCUCAUCAGUAGUCCCAUAUCCUCCUCUUUCAGAUUCGUCCACGUACCACACUUUAGGCCUUUCCGAAUUGCAAAGAAAGAAAUGUCACGGAUGAACUAGGGCCAUCUACCGAAAAACAAAGUUAUCAAUCGAAGUAGCACAGAAAACGACAAUAAAUAUCGUCUCCAUACCACCAGAUUGACAACAGGUGGAAUACUUUCUUUGGUUACACCUCCUGAGAUUUUCAAAAUUUAUAAAUCAUACAGGAUGCUGAGGAAAUUAAGAUGAGAGAAUUUUAAAUAAUUCACAACUCAUCUGCUCAGCGUGGAAAAGCUCCAACAAGAAAGAUCCCUUAAUACUCAAACAAAAGAGUAAAUGCAUUAAAAAUGUAUAAACAUUCUCAAUUUCUUUGCAACACGAAAAUGCAGCAGCUGCAUAAUACUAUGGUCAAAUUUGAGAGUGCAAGAAGAUUCUAUACCGGUUUCGGGGGUUGUUUGGGGGACUACUGAUGAGGGGGAAACAACCCCCGAAACCGGUAUAGACUCUUCCUGCAUUCUCAGAUUUGACCAUAGUAUUAUGCAGCUGCUACAUUUUCGUGUUGCAAAGAAAUUGAGAAUGUUUAUACAUUUUUAAUUCAUUUACUCUUUUGUUUGAGUAUUAAGGAAUCUUUCUUGUUGGAGCUUUUACCACGCUGAGCAGAUGAGUUGUGAAUUAUUUAAAAUUCUCUCAUCUUAAUUUCCUCGGCAUCCUGCAUGAUUUAUAAAUUUUGAAAAUCUCAGGAGGUGUAACCAAAGAAAGUAUUCCACCUGUUGUCAAUCUGGUGGUAUGGAGACGAUAUUUAUUGUCGUUUUCUGUGCUACUUCGAUUGAUAACUUUGUUUUUCGUUAGGUGACCCUACUUCAUCCGUGACAUUUCUUUCUUUGCAGUUCGGAAAGGCCUAAAGUGUGGUACGUCGAAGAAUCUGAGAGAGGAGGAUAUGGGACUACUGAUGAGGGGGAAACAACCCCCGAAACCGGUAUAGACUCUUCCUGCACUCUCAGAUUUGACCAUAGUAUUAUGAAGCUGCUGCAUUUUCGUGUUGCAAAGAAAUUGAGAAUGUUUAUACAUUUUUGGUUUUCUAUGGUUUUUGGGGAUUUCCCCAAAAACCCCGUUAGGAUAUUCAAAAAUUGAACCAAACACCUUUAAACCUUCUACGAAUCAUGUUUUUGCAUGAUUUUUAAGGAUUUUUUUUAGUUUAGUUUAAGUUUAGUUUAAAAAAAUGUAUUCUUAUAAAUAAAUAACAAAA